CUCAUUAUUGGUGGCUAGCGCUAUAUCAAUCAGUUUCAUUGAGCGAGCGGAUUCAACUUCAAGUAGCGUUUUAGGACGCCCGUAUUUCCUUUAUUAACAUAAAUGCCCAGAAGCCAGAGGUGACUCAGCUGAGAGAGCAGAUAACAUGGCGACGAAGCAUGCUUGUUGGACGUCUGCCUCAAGUACAGAUGGAGGAGAGGGAAUUACUCUUCAGUCAUCACAGGAACAUGAUGAAGGAAACAUCAGUAUCAAGGAGGAAGGAGAAGUUGGGAAGGAGACGUGUCUUUCCAUUCCAGGUUCAAAAGGAUUGAGAUAUGAGGGUCAGCUUGUAACUCAUGAUGGCCUGGUCUUCACCAUCAAACAAGAAGUUGACACUGACAUGUUUGAAUCCCUCUCAAGUACAGAAGGACAAGACCCAUCGACUGAACAAGAAAUGGUCAAUUCCACCAUAAAGCAAGAAGACAAAGAAGAGAUAUUUGAACCUAUUACAACUCAGGGUGAAGGAGGAGGAGAAACUGAGCAAUCAAUUCCUGAAGAGUUGGACAAUGGACAAGACAAUAAACACCCACAUAUAACAUCAUGCAGUGGAGAGAAGUCCCAUCUGUGUUUACAUUGCAAGUUGGACAAUGGACAAGACAAUAUACACCCACAUAUAACAGCAUGCAGUGGAGAGGAGACCCAUCUGUGUUUACAUUGCAAGUUGGACAAUGGACAAGACAAUAUACACCCACAUAUAACAGCAUGCAGUGGAGAGGAGACCCAUCUGUGUUUACAUUGCAGUAAGACAUUUACAGAUGAGAACACUCUUAUACUACAUCGGAAAACACACCAGGUCGACUAUGAGCUUACUAGCCACCUUGGAACACAUACUGGAGAGAAAGCCUUCAAGUAUUCCCAGUGUGAUAAGGAUAAGGGUUUUUCUCAUAGAAGAACCCUUAAUAGCCAUUUAAGAACACACAGUGGAGAGAAACCUUUCAAUUGUUCCCAGUGUGAUAAGGGAUUUUCCCAUAAAAGUACCCUUCGUAGACAUUUUAGAACACACAGUGGAGAAAAGCCUUAUCAAUGUUCCUAUUGUGAUAAGACAUUUGCUCAACUGAUUAAUCUUACUCGCCACCUUAGAAGACAUACAGGAGAGAAACCCUUCAAAUGUUCCCAGUGUGAUAAGGGUUUUUCCCAUAAAACUUCCCUUAAUCAACAUUUAAGAUCACAAAGCCUCACUGAAAAGCCUCUACAAUGUUUCCAUUGUGAUAAGAGUUUUUCUCAGAGAUGUCACUUUACUAGACAUUUAAGAACACACGAUGGAGAAAAACCUUUCAAAUGUUCCCAUUGUAAUAAAGGUUUUUUUCAAAGUAGUACCCUUAUAAGCCAUUUAAGAACACACAUGUACUAGAAGAAAAAAAAUGUCUCGAUUGUAAUAUGAGAUUUUCUUAUCAAAUGUUAUUAGCUAGCUUAGAUAACAGGCAGGAAACCCUUUAAUGUUCUUAAUGUGUGUACAGGUUUUUCCGAACGAGGUCAUCUUACCUGUCAUGUGAGGACACACACUAGGAAAAAACCUUAUAAAAGGGAUGUUACUACAGAAGAGAGUGUUCCUAAAAAAUAAGGAAUUUUAUUAUAUAAGUUAGCUCACAAGGCAUUUAAAAACACAUCCUAUAAAUGUUAAGAUUGUAUAAAGAGAUUUUCUUUUAACAGUUAUCUUUCUAGUUAUCUGAAAAUACAAACUGGAGAAAAGCCAUUAAAAUGUUGACUAUGUUCUGAAAUGGAUUUUAUUGUUUAUACAGUGCAUGAUCUUGAUAAUUGCCUGAUAACACACAGAGUAAAAAUGCCACAUAAAUGUAUUAAACAUAAUAAAGGGAUUUUGUUGUAUAAGUGGUCUUUAAAAAAUAAUAUAAUCCUAAGUUUAUUGCUCCAAAUCUGAAUAAAUAAAAAAGCAGUUUGUGAAGGAAAUUUACAUAAUAAUGAGUGGUACAUUAUAAACUAUAACAUAAAGAAUAAAUUGAAGAUAACAUUGAUAACAAUUUUACAUACUUGUUUUGCCAUUUUAAUGUAUGUUCAGCAUUUGUCCUUGUCUUGUGGUAAUAACUCUUUCCACUUUUUCUAAAUAAAUAAUUUCCAACUUGAACUGUGACCAUUAUUAAAUCUUUAGUUAUACCAAAAUUGAUUUAUUUA